UCUGGAACACCAUACCCGAACAAAUAGUAUCAGUCCUAUCGGCAAACACUUUCAAAGAGACCUUCACUAGAAAACAAACUGUUAGGAUUAUUACAAGUCCACUAACAUACUAUCAUUAUUAAUGAGGACUGAAGACUGAUCUCGAACACAUCAGUCAUACCUCGUUGUUUCAACCGUGCGCUGCGUGUAAUUUUCUUCAAGGUAACUCGAUCAGCAAAUUGUUUGUAUUUAAAUCGCUAUUCUUCAUAAGUAGAAAUGUUUUAAUUCAUGGUCACAAGUACAUGUCUAUUACUGUGAGGGUGUCUUUAGACUUCAAAAUGCACCAGUCUGAGAAACAAACAUUUGACAUGUUUUUGUCUGGUGAUAAGUAAGAAUCUGAGGUUUUUGUAAUCGUCACUUGAAUUCUCUAUAUAUUACAUGCAAAUACAGAAUGAGUGUGGCCAAGAAUUCACUGGAUAACACGGGAAAUUCCAAUGAUGCUAUCGAUUGGGAUGAUAUGGUUUAUCAUCCAGCAUUCGGAGUAGAUAUUGAUCCCAAAGCAGGCUUACAUCCAGCUACUGAAGCUUUGCAAGCACUGAAAUAUGAAUCAGAAGAUCCAGAUGCUAAUGCUCGUAGUUACAAAGAAGAAGGAAAUUAUUAUUAUAAGGGAAAAGACUUUUCUAAAGCGAUAUUGUCUUAUACAGGUGGCCUACGUGCAAAGUCAUCAGAUCGUAAAUUAAAUGCAAUACUAUAUACCAAUAGAGCAGUAUGCCAUUUCUAUCUAAAGAAUUACCGAUCAUGUAUUCGUGAUUGUAAGUCUGCUGUCAGUUUGUCACCGGAUUAUGUUAAAGCUUAUGUAAAAGGAAUUGAGGCUUGCCUAGCACUUUCAAGAAUUGAUGAAGCUUUAGAAUUGUCAUCAACCGGCUUAAAUAUAUUGCCUUCUUCUCCUGAAUUACUUGAAGUACAGUAUAAGGUUCUUAAAAAGCAAAUGGAAUUAGAUAAGGAGGUUGAACAGCGAUCAAAAUUGGAUUGUAGAAAAGAAAAUGAUACGAAUACUGAAUAUGAGAUUUUAAAGUCACGUGGAAUCGAUGUUAAUCUCAAAUUAAAACCUAUUGAUAUGCCAGAAGUGGGUUGUUCCACAUUUUAUGUGGAUUCAUUGGGUAAAUUUCACUGGCCUAUUCUUUUUAUGUAUCCUGAAUUCGGACAAACUGAUUUCCUCCGUGAUGUAAUUGAAUCAAGCAUGAUCAUUGAUUGUUUAAAGUUAGUUUUUGAUGUGAAUCAGCCUCCUCCACCGUGGGAUCCGAAGCGCCUAUACUCCCUUGAAGAUGAUGCUAUAGAGGUUUAUUUUGAACAUGAUAUAAUGAAAAAGUUUAUUCUUUGUUCACCGCAAUGUACGAUCAAAAAACUAACUAAACAAAAUGGAUUUAGUGUCGGCAGAGAUCUACUCAUUAUUUUACAUGUGAUAUCUAAACGAUCAACACAUUUCUAUAGUAGUUGGAAAGACGAGAAAAUUUAACUUGAUUGACUGUCUAGCUUUACGCGUUAUUUGUAGGAAUUAUCCCUGUUUUUUUUAAAUACUGGAUAAAAUAAAACCCCAUUUUAGAAGAAAAACUUUAUCUAUUUUUCCUCUGUCUUGUCUUUGUUCAGAGCUUUUGGCUUAUGAUCAAAGUAAAGAUUUGCAAAAAUAACUAGAUUUAUAAUGAAUUUAAGAACGUAUCACUGAGAUACAACUCAACAUUUUACAGAAUAAUGCGCUUAAUAUGACAGGUGUAUAAGACGGAUUCUAUAAUCAGUUAUUAAUAUAUUUAUAUUGUCAAUUAUUUUGGCCAUGGUAGAUUAUAAAAAGUGACCAACGGAUGUCCGCAAUGUAAAUCUUGCCCUAAUCGGCUUUUUUACGAGACAUCUGGGAUCCUGAGGCAAACGAUGCUUCCUUUGGUAGUUGAGCCCACUUCAGCAUUGAGUACCAAACAUGAUAGAGACCGGUAAUCUAGUCAUAUGAUGUACCUCACUAUAUGUACAUUACAAAUGCAUCAAUUUUCAAAUAAGCAGCAGUCGACUAAAAAAAAUAACCAAGAUAGUAUGGCUCCUUUAGAUAGCAAGUAAAUUCUGGAUAUAAACAUUUUUAGUUUGCUCGCCCUAUAUUGAACAAUUCAGAAUGGUGUUUUAUUACUUAUUUAAAUGCAUAAACGUUGAUACAAGAAAGCAUCAAAUAUAUAUGCGCUACACUUCGCCAUUCGAUUUGUGUGAGGGAUUGAAUACUUCUCGGGUGCCCAAACCAUAGCAAAUGGUUUUCUUAAGGAGACACUCCUCGAACAUUUGACCUAGAGGUCUAAACCACAAGAUGGUGGGGAACGUUAGGGGAUGCAGUCCCAUGGCAGCUGAUGAACAACAAUAGGUUCAUACGUCAUUUGUCCCUUCAGGACCUCAGAACCCAUGUGCACCAUUGGUUUGGAAUCAGGGUUCAUCAAUUCCCCUAGGUGGACUCUCCGUGUCCGCCGAUCCGGUUAAAGCGCCGAACAUUCGCUUCUCGUCCUCUCAAUUUUGUAAACAACACCCCCGCCGCGAGAAUGUAGUGAGUAUGACUUCCUUGACACGUGGUCAUGUGAGAGCAUUUCGAGAGAGAGAAAUGACCUUCCCCACUCUUGACUGUACCAUUUGGCGGCUGCUAAACACAAAAAACUCGAGAAAUAUAACCUAAUCAGUGCAGGGGACUAGAAAUGCAUAACAAUAAUUCAUUCAUAGUUAUCAAUCAGUGUAAGUGUUCUCAUAACGAUGGGGAUCAGCUUGGAAACUUUGGAUAUUUAGUAUUCCCUAGGUUAGGCACAUAUAGUUGAUGUGAUAACCACGUGUCUGGACUCUUAUAAUUUACUCACAGAUUAUUUGUUCUUAUUAUCACCCGAAACAGUCUAUAUUAUCAGGGUGUGUGUUACAAUCGAUUUGCUCAUCCACAAGUUAGGGGCGGCCAAACCAAAACGUGGCAUCAGUGCUUGAAGUCACUAACUUCUAGUCUGAGCCAUGUUGGUAGAUGCAGACUACUUGGUUG